AUGGGUAUCCUACUCAAACAGCCCGCGGGGACCGCGGGAAAGGCGUGGCCUGCCAUUCUGAUCAGCGGCUUCGUCGCGUUUGGAGGUAUUCUAUUCGGAUAUGAUACAGGCACUAUCAGCGGCAUCAUUGCCAUGCCGUACUGGGAGAGGACUUUCUCUACAGGCUACCGAGACUCCACUGGCAGUCUGACCAUUACCUCCAGUCAGUCUUCGGCCAUAGUCUCCAUUCUCUCUGCCGGCACCUUCUUUGGCGCACUGGGUGCUGCCCCCAUGGGAGAUCUCGUUGGUCGUCGUUGGGGAUUGAUUGCCUCGUCCGGUGUCUUUUCGCUCGGAGUCGCCUUUCAAACUGCUGCCACGGCGAUCCCACUGUUUCUAGCGGGACGUUUCUUUGCUGGCUUUGGUGUGGGUUUAAUCUCAGCUCUGAUCCCCCUGUACCAGUCUGAAACGGCCCCGAAAUGGAUUCGUGGGUUUAUUGUUGGCUCGUACCAGUUUGCCAUCACAGUUGGUCUUUUACUAGCCGCUGUGGUGAACAAUGCCACUCAUUCGCGUGAUGAUACUGGUUGCUACCGUAUCCCAAUCGCGGUCCAAUUCGCAUGGGCCAUUGUUCUGGUGGUUGGCAUGCUCAUCCUUCCAGAAACACCCCGCUACCUGAUCAAGAGAGACAACCACCAAGCGGCAAUCCGCAGCUUGGCCAAGCUCAGACGGCUCCCUGUAACUGAUCCCGCAUUGCUCGAUGAGCUUGCAGAGGUCCAGGCCAACCAUGAGUACGAGAUGAGUAUCGGGAGUGCUGGGUAUAUUGAGUGUUUCAAGGGCAGCCUCGGCAAACGUCUUAUGACUGGAUGCUUCCUCCAAGCUCUUCAGCAGUUGACCGGCAUCAACUUCAUCUUCUACUACGGCACUCAAUUCUUCAAGAACUCCGGGUUCAAGAACGAGUUUAUCAUCAGCUUGAUCACCAGCUGUGUCAACGUCGGCUCUACUAUUCCCGGUCUUUAUGCCAUUGACAAGUGGGGAAGACGUCCGGUCCUGCUUUGGGGAGCAAUUGGAAUGACUGUCUCUCAGCUGCUCGUUGCCGUGUUGGGAACGACUACCACCAGUCAGGAUGAACUUGGGAAUAUUAUUGUCCACAAUCAAGCUGCUCAAAAGGCCGCCAUUGCUUUCAUUUGUAUAUUUAUCUUCUUUUUCGCUGCCUCUUGGGGACCGAUCGCCUGGGUGGUGACAGGAGAAAUAUUCCCUCUCAAAGUCCGCGCCAAAUCCCUAUCCAUGACCACCGCGACCAAUUGGCUUCUCAACUGGGCUCUGAGCUUCUCAACCCCGUACCUGGUCAACUAUGGACCUGGUAAUGCCAACCUUCAAUCAAAGAUUUUCUUCAUCUGGUUUGGCUGCUGCUUCCUCUGCAUCGCGUUCGUGUACACCAUGAUCUAUGAGACGAAAGGUUUGACCUUGGAGGAGGUCGAUGAGCUCUACAGCGAGGUUACUUCGGCUAGGAAGAGUGUUUACUGGAAGCCUACUAUCACCUGGACCGAGAAGAAGAAGAAUGAGAAAUCACACGCCUUUGGUGAAGAGAAGGACGUGGGUGGAGAACACCGAGAGUUCCACGAUCCUGCACAUGCUUGA